UUUUUUUCUCCUGCCCGUACAUGUGUUUCUGUUUUGUAUCGCAGCGUUUCUCCUGGCGGCUCAUAUUUACAUUUUAAGUGCAUCUGGAAACACCACCAAAAAUAUUGCAAAGGCCCCGGGGUCGGUGCUGUCUGUAUGCUGCACCCUUCGCUCUAAACCAGGCGCCAUGCCCCGGAGGAAGGCGGCGGGGCCGCCCUGGGAGCCCGGCCCGGGCAGGAGGAGGCCCGGGGCGGCGGGAGGGAGGCGGAGGCCUCGUAACGGCGGAGGAGGCGGCGGCAGCAGCGGCGGUAGCAGCGACGAUGAGGCGCCCCGAGAGCGGAGGCCGCGGGACGGCAGCCCAGGAGGAGGAGGAGGAGGGAGGAGGCCCGGCCGGCCUGCAGCGCCCGGCUCGGGCUCGGCUCUCGGCCCCGGGCCCGGCGGCGCGGCGCGGGGACAGGCGGUGGUCAUCUGCGAGCCCGAGCACAGCAAGGAGCGCAUCAAACUCGAGGGCUCCAAGUGCAGAGGACAGCUCCUGAUCUUUGGGGCCACCAACUGGGACCUGAUCGGCCGCAAAGAAGUGCCUAAGCAGCAAGCUGCAUAUCGAAACCUGGGCCAGAAUUUAUGGGGGCCACACAGGUAUGGGUGUCUCUCAGGUAUUCAGGUGCGGAGUGUGGUUUCGGGACCAUGUGCGGCUCACAGCCUCCUCAUCACUGCUGAGGGCAAGCUGUGGAGCUGGGGUCGCAAUGAGAAGGGGCAGCUGGGCCAUGGGGACACAAAGCGUGUGGAAGCCCCCAAGCUCAUCGAGGUGCUGGGCGGUGAGGCCAUCGUGCUGGCAGCAUGCGGCCGGAACCACACACUGGCUCUCACAGAGAGUGGCUCCGUAUAUGCUUUUGGGGAGAACAAAAUGGGGCAGCUUGGUCUUGGGAACCAAACAGAUGCUGUUCCAAGCCCUACACAGAUCAUGUACAAUGGGCAGCCCAUCACCAAAAUGGCCUGCGGGGCUGAGUUCAGCAUGAUCAUGGACUGCAAAGGAAACCUCUACUCCUUUGGGUGCCCGGAGUACGGGCAGCUGGGGCACAACUCAGAUGGGAAGUUCAUCGCCCGAGCACAGCGCAUAGAGUACGACUGUGAGCUGGUGCCGCGCCGUGUGGCCAUCUUCAUUGAGAAGACCAAAGAUGGGCAGAUCCUGCCUGUCCCCAACGUGGUGGUGCGGGAUGUGGCAUGUGGGGCCAACCACACGCUUGUCUUGGAUUCCCAGAAGCGUGUUUUCUCCUGGGGCUUUGGUGGCUAUGGGCGGCUGGGCCACGCAGAGCAGAAGGACGAGAUGGUGCCACGCUUGGUCAAACUCUUUGACUUCCCAGGCCGAGGAGCUGCACAGAUCUAUGCUGGCUACACAUGUUCCUUUGCUGUCAGUGAGACAGGUGGCUUGUUUUUCUGGGGUGCCACUAACACCUCCCGUGAGUCCACCAUGUACCCAAAAGCAGUGCAGGACCUGUGUGGCUGGAAGAUCCGCAGCCUGGCCUGUGGAAAGAGCAGCAUCAUUGUGGCAGCGGACGAGAGCACCAUCAGCUGGGGCCCAUCUCCCACCUUUGGAGAGCUGGGCUAUGGGGACCACAAGCCCAAGUCAUCAACGGCUGCCCAAGAGGUGAAGACCUUGGAUGGGAUCUACACGGAGCAGGUGGCCAUGGGCUAUGCCCACUCACUGGUGAUUGCCCGCGAUGAGAGCGAUGCCGAGAAGGAGAAGCUGCGCAAGCUGCCAGAGUACAACCCCCGCACCAUCUGAAGGCAGUCCACAGCUCUACUACCUGUUCUCCUACAAUUUCCAAAGCGUUGGAUUCCCCCCUUCCACGGCCAAGACCUUUCCCCGUGGCUUUUCCAUUUCCCAUCCCCACCCUCGCAGGACCUUUUGGCACAUCCAGGCUUUUUAGUUGUUGGGUUUUGGGGCUUUUUUUAUUUGUUCAUUUUAUUGCUGUUCCGCACAGAAAGGGGGGUGCUGGGUUCACCUGGGUAGGCAUAGAUUUUUAAUAUUUUUUUUUAUUAUUAUCUUUGUUACCAGAUUUCUCUGGUUGUAGGCUUGGAGCAAAACUCAACCAGUAAACCCCUCAUUUUCCACAACAUCGCAGUUUUGGGGGGCAUUUUUCACAAAUAACCUCUAUUUUGGGUGCUAUUAUUUUAGGGUUGUGUGUGUUUCCCACCAUCCUUCCUCAGCAUCCCUUUUCCUCUGGGGAUUUGGGACCACAUGUGCUAUUUCAUACCCAUAGGGACAAACCCUGUGCUCCCUUCUCCAUCCCAGCAUCAUUUUUUGAGCUGGAUGCCUCCAAACCUGCGGAUUCCCCAAACCCCCUACUGCCCAUCCCAGGGCGAUCUCAGGUAUGAAGAGCAGGCCCUGAAGCAUUGUGCAAGCUUUUUCCCUUUGGUUUUUUUUUCUCUUUUCCCAUUAAUUAUUAUUAUUUUUAUUAUUAUUAUUA